AUGAAAACCGCCCUUCCCGAUAAUGCAAAGAUUGCAAAGGAAGCCAAAGAGUGCAUGCAGGAGUGUGUGAGCGAGUUCAUCUCAUUUAUCACAAGUGAAGCCUCUGAGAAGUGCCACCAAGAGAAGCGAAAGACGGUUAAUGGCGAAGAUAUCCUAUUCGCCAUGACUUCUUUAGGUUUCGAGAACUAUGCAGAGGCAUUAAAGAUCUAUUUGUCGAAAUACCGAGAAACUCAAUCGACAAGAGGCGAGAAUCGACCCGGCAGCCAAGGCUAUGGGGCGACAGGUGCGCCAGGCGGGGCCCAAAAUGCGGCCUCGUCAGCCAACUUUGCAGGCGCGGCUGAAGGAAACAACAACAUUCUUGGUGGCCCGCAAGCGGAGGGUGGCGAACACGAUCCUGCUUUCCACGGAAGUCUGUACGGCGGCCAAGUCCCAACUGGACAUAAUGGCUCAGCAGGCGGCGACGGCUAUUAA